CUUGUGCAGGGGAGUUGGACUAGAUGAUCUCCAGAGGUCCCUUCCAACCUCAGCCAUUCUGUGAUUCUGUAACAAGAGACCCUGGACAACAAAGCACUCGCCCUGUGGAUCACAUAUGCAUAGGGGGACAUGGACAGCUUUGUAGGCUUGUGAUUCCUACUUGCAUGGGAGAUUGAUCCUAUUCAUCUCCCAUUCCUCUGUCUAGCAGGAGUGCCAAGUCCUGCCUCCUCAUCCUGUGACUUCUCCUCUCCGUGGAGUAUCCUGCAUCCUUUUUGUCUCACUGCUGUGAUUUCCCUGAAUUUGUUCACGUUGGUCUCUUGGAUGUAAUGUGAUUCAAUACUUCAUACUGUGGAUAAAAUAUUCUGUCAAUUCCAGAUGACUUAAGCUGUCUUUGCUUUUCUGUAGGCAGAUUCAAGGGACUUUGCUUCAGGCAUAUUUCAGAUUUUCACACGGCCAUGUGCCUCUGUCACAGCACAGCAGUAACCACUGCUGUUUGAGGCUAUUCCAGCAACUGCUUUCUUGGCAGGAUCUUUGCCCAAAGACAAAGUAGGUACAGAACCUCCUCUUGAGACUCAUUUUGGGCACAGUGGCUGGGAUCAAAUUUUCUCCGACGUGUUUCCUGCUGUGGGUCACAGCCCAUUUCUCACCGGAUGUUUUCAGGUCAUACAUGGGAACUCUUGAGACCCUCUAGUCUGGGACCUUUUUGGUGAAGGACCAAGCGGUUGCCAGGAGAUAAUCAAGGGCUGGCUGGUGGCAACCUUCUCUUUUGGUGGCCACCCUUUCCUCAAGCAGUCAGCAAAGAACAGGAACAGGGGCUCAGCCCACUAAUAAAAGGACCGGCAGUGCGAAGGCGUAUCGAUCCUGGAGCACGAGAUAACGGAGAGAGGGAAAAAACAAGCACGAAUGGCUGAGUGCAAGCACCGGUGGAUGGACAACAGAGGAAUCUACACAGAAUUAAGUGUCUUCAUAGGCUGGCACUAGACAAUUACAUUAGCUUAACUCAUAAAUGCAAAUUAAUACCUGAAUAAUUCUUUAGAUAUUUUGCUCAGCCUUGUGCAAACUGUAAAAAGCUACAAGAAGCUUCAACAGCAGCUAGCCCUGGACAUGUCUUGACAGAGCAAAAGGAGCGGUGUGAAACUAUUCUUAAAUGGAAGAAAUCAGAAUACUAAAAAAAUAUUACUCCCAGAAAUGAUAUUCUUCUAGAUACCUUUCUUCCACUUCUUGAAAUGGCAGGUGAAUUGUCAGACUGCCUAAUGUGAAUUUUUCUGUGGUAAAAGACAUUAAAUUUCACUCAUCCCUUUGUGAGCCAAAGGACUGGAACUCAGGGAAAAAUCCCAGAAAGCCAUCCAAUCUUGAGCUGAAGACAUCACAGUGAGGAGAACCGAUUUUGUUCCUUGUGGUUUGCUAGCCUUUGAAGCACCUUUCACUGUUUAGAAAGUCAAGCCUAAUUUUUAAAUUGAAUCUAUCUAUCUUGUUUAAGCUUCCGGCCAUCAAUUUAAGUUCUCUCUUUCACUGGACUAAAAUGACUUCCAGAUACCAGGAAAGCACUACAUAAUUCAUGUAUUUCUAGGCUUUUAUUUUUUUAAACAGCUAGAGACUUUUAAGCCUCUGAAUCCUAUGAGGAUUUUUUGUGCCGUCUCCAGUUUUCAGUCUAUUCAAAAAUGUGGAUGCUAAACCCGAUACAAACUCAGCUUAUUUCUGCUAGCUGCUCCACCAUUAGCACCCCAAACAGCACUGGCUCCUGUGUUCCAAAACCUCUUUUUGAGGAGUCUUACGAUUGUGUCCCUUCAACCUUUUCUAAGGUCUCUGCUUUUCAUGAUUUAGUAAUCCCUUCUAGUUACCUUUUUUUGCAUUUACUAAUCACAGAUACAUAAUCUUGCAUUUAGACAUAUGAAGACACAACUUGGUUGAAUGGUUCCGUUUACAGAGUAAUCCAGUCUGUGCGUUUGUUCUGCAUUACUGUUAUUACUUUCCUACUCCAGCAAUCUUUGCGACACCUCCAAAUAUACUACAGCAACCUUUGCGACACCUACAAAUACAAUCAGCAGCAAUGCUGUAACUACCUCUGCAUCAUUGAUGAAAGUGUUUGGCUAGAUACCAUAACUAAGGCUCCUCCUCUAAGAACAGUCCGACUAUUUGGUCAUUUUUGUAAUGAUAUUUAUUUCUUUGGAUGUCAGUUCACCGGUUUUAAAGCCAUUUAACCCAUUGAAACUAUGUUAGACUAAUUUGUGUAGUAUCAAAUGUACUACACCUACACAAUUAAUUUUAGGCUCAAGUUUCUCACCUACUCAAGUAAUAAAACUAGGGGUGUUUGCCAAGAUCUCUGCUCCUUAAACCGCACUUACUGGUGUUGGUUAUAUUCCUAUCCUUUUGCUCUGUAUCACAGAAAUCCCUUAUCUUCUUUUCCGUUAUUUUGGUCAAGACCGAUGUCAAGACAAUGCACUUAUUGGUCCCUGGCCCAUUCUGCUCAGGCAUUCAGAAACCAGCCUUCAUACUAGUCUUCCUGGAAUUGCUCAGGCCUUUUGAGAUCUACAUUUAUCAAUGCAAAGGGACUAGCCACCUCCUCUGCCGACAAAGGAAGCCAGGAGGGUAUUUUGAGGAAGGUACCACUCUGCAUUUGCCCUAUGUUUGUACUUCUCACUAUGCAGUGGUUACUGCUAGAAACAGCUUAUGAGACGUAACAAGAUUUUUGGUCUGACAGCUACUCUUUUAUGUUCACUUUUAAGACUCCACGGUUAUCUGGACCUGCUGAUUAAAUAAUAUGAAUAUAAUGAUUGUUUAUCCCUCAUACUUCCUGCACUUUAGGACAUAUAUUUGCCAGCAUGCCUGUGUCAGCAUAACUAUCCCAAGUAUACUAUGGGCAAAAAAACGUCCUUAGUACAGUUGUAGCUCACACCACAAAAAUAGCGCUUUGGCUGGCAUUAUUUACUCCAUCCUUCCUUUUCCCUGAGUAAAGCAAGUUAAUUCUAAUGAAGAAACCGACCUGGCUGGCAAACUUAUCCCAACAGAAGUUCAUAACAUAAACCUUGCGGUUGCUCGUAGACUGAAAACUGCUUUUAUCUAAUCUUCAUGAGCUACAAGCACAUUUUGCUAUUUUUUCCACAAGGAAAACAGAAGCACUUAUUCUUCCACCCCUUCUUCAUCUAGUGAUGGAGCCCUUGCAAAAACCUGUUGUUCCUGACAAUGAGCUAAAAAAGCUCUUUGUCCUCCGCUCUCCUGGUCGGGGCAGUUUAGCGCUGAUACAUGCAGCAGGAAAAUGCAAAGCAUGGAUGCUAACUACGUGGGGGGUUGGGGUUUUUUGAAAUCCCCAUUUGUUUAAAAUGCAUGUAGUCUUUGAUGUGUAUCGUGGGUUGCUUGGGUGAAAUUAGUACCUAUACUCCAUUUUUCCUGGAUAUCACAACUAAUGGCUUACCAGAUAGUAGUAUACAAGCACUCGGAUUUUCAGCCUCAAAAUCACAUGUGAUUUUUUGUAUUUAGCUAUACCAUACUGCUGUUUCUUAUGUAGUUAGUUUCAAAGGCGGAUUAAAGACAACUGAAAAUGAAAAGAGGUUUCCCCAACUCUUCCUUUCACUAGGUCAGCAGCUACUACACUUUCGAGGUAAACCUUUUUAGUGCUGUUAAGAGCAAUUUUGUUAAUCCUCCUUAGCCAUUCCUUUUUAAUCAGAUAAUUGCAGGCAAGUAUUGGAGCAGGUGCUCCAAUAUUAAUAUUAAUGUGCCCCUAUUCAUAACUAAAAUUGAAAAAGUUAUGGAAAGAUUUAGGUCCUUGAAUAAGAAGAAAGGAUUUCCUUUUUAUUAAAAGUUUCAAACAGAAACUGGAAGACCGAAAAAGUAUUUGUAGAAACUCUAUGAAAAUGCAUUACCCAAAGACUAUUCUGGGAGAAUGAGAACAAAACCCCCACUUCCUUGCCUACCUGGUCUCCCGUUUCCCUCCCUCCCUGUGACUGCACAGAAAAAAACCUGAACAUAUCACUUCAACGGGCUCAGAAUGUUCUUACCGUAAAGUGAAAUAACCUUGAUUUAACUCUAAAUGACCAGUCACCAGUAGUUGAUGCGUUUGACCAGGUGGAAAAAUUGCUACUGUAAAAGGAAACAUGAUAAACUGGCUGAUAAAUAACCUGAUUUUGUUGUAGAUCAAGAAGCAAACAAAUCUUCAUGUAAACGACUACAAACCAGUCAACAAAAUGCUGAUGACCCUCAGUGUGGCAUCUCGUUUCUAUAACCUAGGGCUGUUAGGAAUGGAGGAGGUAUAACUUGAGAAAUCUGGCAGUGUUACUCAGCACAGUUGUGUUUGCUAAGCAUCUUACAGAUAAAAGAAAGGGAUCUAAAUAAGAGACAAGAUAAAUAGGAAGGAACUGUGACUGCAAAUGACUCUUUAGUAGUUAACAAUUUGUUCUCAUGUAAAUUAUCAGUGAGAUGGAGGAGAACAUUAUCAGCCAUACUUGCAGCCAGACCAACCUUUUCAUGACCUGAAGGACACACUGAACUGAUAUUACACAGACUUACUCUUUUAAGAAAACUGAUAUAAUCUGAUCAUAUUGUAAUAACCAACAUAAUGAUUAAAUCACCAAGUAAGAAAUUACCAGCGCAUACCUUCAGAACUAAUUCAGUGACGAGCAGAAUUUAAGAGGACAUCUCAACAAAAGCCACAGGCUUUCAUUUGCUUUUGUGGGGGCAGAGUAAAUCAGAUACAGCACUCUAUCUACUGCUGAAUGACAGACACUAAAAUAAGCUCUAGGAAAAAAUACCCUAAAGAAGCACGGGAUGACAGGUAAGAUUAGAGUCAGAAGGUAAAGGCUCUGUUCAUGGAAUUUGGGGAACCAUCAAUACCAGGUAUCUACUGGCUCUGCAUAAUGCAUCUGACACAACCUAAUCUCAUUAAGGUCAGAAAUCCCAUUACUUACAAUACAUUUUUACCAGUGCCUACCUCAUUCCAGAAGUUACAAAAACAAUUGUGCAAGUAAACCUACAUUUUUACAAACUGUUGUAAGCCUACUUGUUGCAUCUGUAGUUUUCAAGCAUGUUCUGCUCUUGGAUUCCUCCAUUAACUGAGAGAGCAGAAAUAGCUGUGAAUAUCAAUUGUAAACAGGGCUUCCUUUCUGGCAGCCCAACAGACAGGAGCUACCAUCUUCCUCAUGAUACCAGGAUGUUUGUGGCCUCCUGGUUGCCAUCAAAAGCCCUAGUGGCUAGGGAUAACAUCUGGGUGACAGCUGUAUCAGGAUGAAACGUCCCUCUCUAACGACUCAAAAGCUGCCAGUAUCUGACUCUGGAAAACAAGGGGAUAAAUGUGAAAUAGUUACAUGCAGACAGGAUGAAUGACCAACCAGGUUACAAGUUAUGAUUCAGAUUUUCACAGAACGUCUAGCCAUAAGCUUUUCCGAGGUACCAUAGCUUUGCUGAGGUCUCUCCCUGCAAUGACCUGAUCAUUUGGAUAUGCUGAAUCUUUGAGGGCAAUAUGGCCAUUCCUUACGUGAAUGCCAGAGUAAUUUAAAUGUUCACUGAACCAAAGACCUUACCCUGGAAACAGGAGAAAAUGAAGAUAACCCUGCUGUUCAUUAGCAUUUUCCUUGCACUUGAAGUUUGGUGGCAAAAAAAUGGCUUAAAAAUCAUUACUUGUUGAGGGUGGAAACCUCUCUCUCUGGAGACCAUCUAGUCCAACCCCCGUGCUGAAAGCAGGGUCACCUACAGCAGGUUGCUUAGGACUGUGGCCAGUCAGAUUUUGAAUAUCUUCAAGGAUGGAGACUACACAACCUCUCUGGGCAACCAGUUCUGUUCGACCACCCUCAUAGUAAACAUUCUUCCUUAGGUUUUAAUGGAACUUCCUCUAUUUCAGUUUGUGCCCAUUGCCUCCUGUCCUUGUCACUGAGAAGAGUCUUGCUCCCUCCUCUUUGCUCCCUUCCCCAUCAGGUAUUUAUACACAGUUAAAAGAUCCCUCCUGCGUUUUUUCUUCCAAGCUGAACGACUUCAGCUCCCUCAGCCUCUCCUCCUGGGACAGAUGCUCUAAUCUCUCAAUUACUUUAGUGGCCUAGCUUCUAUGAAAGUAUUUUAUAAUAAAGUCUAUUAGAUACAUGUUCCAACAUACCAAGGAUGUUAUUGAUAGUUAAUCAAAAACAGAACAAAUAGUUUGGGCAUUUUUUACUUUUCUCUGUCAUAUUUACCUUGUUGUUGACUACGAAUCUAUGAUCAUCUUUCUCUGGUCUUAUUACUUUGGCCUCUUCUGUCCUAAUAAGGACAUUUACUUAAGAACAUUUUGCAUUAACAUCACAUGUACGGUCAAGCUGAGCGUUUCUUUGUAAGGUAAAUAUCUUAGGAAGCUCUCCUGCAAAACAAGACACAGGGCUGAUUCUACAAAAGUAGAAUGAUGGCCUUCAUAGAAUUAAUCUUAUGAAGCGUUACGCUUCUGCUUCUGGUCUCAGUAUCGUGAUUAAAGUUUGCACAGCGCUCAGAGUACACAUUUACCAUAUGCUACACUGAAAUAAAGUACUUCACAAGCGUUACCCAAGUUACUUUUUAAGCCUGUGUGAAAUGAGAAAGACCAGUGCCUAAAAUUAAAGCUGAGUCAAAGCUGAACCGAAAGGCUCAUUCCCACCAUAAACACUGCAUGUAUGCUGUUCAUGGCGACCUAGAUAAGUAACGUUUGCAUCACUUGAUAAGUGCAACAGCCAAUUUCCCUCCAGCUUAUUUAACUGGCAAGAAGAGCAGACAAAGUACUCUCCUCAAGGCCUGAGCCCUCAAUUACAUAGGAACCCCAACAGACUUGAACGUACCUACUCCCCUCCACAAAGUCACACAGACACUGUGACUGAUGAGAGUUAAAGGCCAUGGAUGAAGAUGGGCUUGAAUUGCAGCCACAUGAGCCAAAUGCGUUUUUUGAUCCAACAGGAGCUGAUGCAGCACACAUGGACGGAGAUCAGAUUGUUGUGGAAGUACAGGAAACAGUAUUUGUUUCAGAUGUAGUGGACUCAGAUAUAACUGUGCAUAAUUUUGUUCCUGAUGAUCCAGAUUCUGUAGUAAUCCAGGAUGUCAUUGAGGAUGUUGUUAUUGAGGAUGUUCAGUGCCCAGAUAUCAUGGAAGAGCCAGAUGUGUCUGAAACUGUCAUUAUUCCUGAACAAGUGCUGGACACAGACGUAGCUGAAGAGGUUUCUUUGGCUCAUUGCACUGUCCCAGAUGAUGUUUUAGCUUCUGACAUAACAGCAGAAGCAAUGUCAAUACCAGAACAUGUACUGACAAGUGAGUCAAUGCAUGUACCUGAAGUUGGACAUGUAGAACAUGUAGUUCAUGAUAAUGUUGAAGAAGCAGAUAUUGUCACUGAUACUCUGGGAACAGAUGUUGUUUCGGAAGAAGUCUUGGUGGCAGACUGUGCGUCAGAAGCAGUGAUUGAUGCCAAUGGAAUCCCUGUGGAACAUCAAGACGAUAAGGGCAACUGUGAAGAUUACCUUAUGAUUUCCUUGGAUGAUGCUGGUAAGAUAGAACACGAAGGUUCUGCUGAAAUUACCAUGGAAGCAGAGUCAGAAAGUGGCUCUUGUAAAGUGGAUGGCAUUUGUCCAGAAGUCAUCAAGGUCUAUAUAUUCAAAGCAGAUCCUGGAGAAGAUGAUUUAGGAGGCACAGUAGACAUUGUGGAGAGCGAGCCAGAGAAUGAUCACGCAGUUGGAUUACUUGAUCAAAAUAGCAGUAUUCGUAUUCCAAGGGAGAAAAUGGUUUACAUGACUGUAAAUGAUUCUCAGCAUGAAGAUGAAGAUUUAAAUGUUGCAGAAAUAGCUGAUGAGGUUUAUAUGGAAGUUAUUGUAGGAGAGGAAGACGCAGCAGUGGCCCAUGAACAGCAAAUUGAUGACACUGAAAUUAAAACUUUUAUGCCCAUAGCUUGGGCAGCAGCUUAUGGUAAUAAUAAUGAUGGGAUUGAAAGUCGGAAUGGCACUGCAAGUGCUCUUUUGCACAUAGAUGAGUCAGCUGGACUUGGGAGACUGGCUAAGCAAAAACCAAAGAAAAAAAGGAGACCUGAGUCUAGACAGUAUCAAACAGCAAUAAUUAUUGGUCCCGAUGGUCAUCCGUUGACGGUCUACCCCUGCAUGAUUUGUGGAAAGAAAUUUAAAUCUAGAGGUUUCUUGAAAAGGCACAUGAAAAACCACCCAGAGCACCUUCUUACUAAGAAGAAAUACAGAUGCACAGACUGUGAUUACACUACGAAUAAAAAAAUAAGUUUACAUAACCACUUGGAGAGUCAUAAGCUGACCAACAAAACAGAAAAGCUUAUUGAGUGUGAUGAGUGUGGGAAAAGCUUCUCUCAUGCAGGAGCUUUAUUUACUCACAAGAUGGUGCACAGGGACAAGGGAGUUAAUAAAAUGCACAAGUGCAAAUUCUGCGAUUAUGAGACAGCAGAACAAGGAUUACUGAGUCAUCACCUUUUAGCUGUCCACAGCAAGAACUUUCCUCAUAUUUGCGUAGAGUGUGGCAAGGGAUUUCGUCAUCCGUCAGAGCUCAAGAAGCACAUGCGAAUCCACACUGGUGAAAAACCAUACCAGUGCCAAUAUUGUGAAUACCGAUCUGCCGACUCUUCUAACUUGAAAACUCACAUAAAGACUAAACAUAGUAAGGAAAUGCCAUUCAAGUGUGAUAUUUGUUUCCAGACUUUUUCAGAUACCAAAGAGCUGCAGCAGCAUACGCUUAUGCAUCAAGAAAGUAAAACACAUCAGUGUUUGCAUUGUGACCAUAAGAGCUCAAACUCAAGCGAUCUGAAACGACACAUAAUUUCAGUCCACACAAAAGACUAUCCUCAUAAGUGCGAUAUGUGUGAUAAAGGCUUUCAUAGGCCUUCGGAACUGAAAAAACAUGUGGCGGCUCACAAGGGUAAAAAAUUGCACCAAUGCAGACAUUGUGACUUUAAGAUUGCAGAUCCGUUUAUUCUGAGUCGCCACAUACUCUCAGUUCACACAAAGGAUCUUCCAUUCAGGUGCAAGAGAUGUAGAAAGGGCUUUAGGCAACAAAAUGAGCUGAAAAAACAUAUGAAAACACACAGUGGCAGAAAAGUUUAUCAGUGUGAGUACUGUGAGUAUAGCACUACAGAUGCCUCAGGCUUCAAACGGCAUGUUAUUUCCAUUCAUACAAAAGACUACCCUCACCGUUGUGAGUAUUGCAAGAAAGGUUUCCGAAGGCCUUCAGAGAAGAACCAGCACAUAAUGCGGCAUCAUAAAGAUGUUGGGCUGCCUUAAAGUCUCUUUCACAGACUUACGGCUGGAAUUACAAAGGAAUUUUGCCUUUCAGGCAGUUAGCUUAUUUUAAAGCCAAUCACCUGCGAUCACACACAGAAAAACAACAAAAAAAAAACAUACUGUGCAUUUGAUUUGUUGCUGUAUAAAAAUAGGAUUAUUGCUUCUAGUUGACUUUUAUACCUUUUGUUCAAUAGCGUGUUCGGAAUUCUAUUCAGUUUGUUUAAUAAAUGAAGAAAAGAUGGCAACAAUAAAGUUGCAUUUAAUAAAGUAAACCCUGUCUCAUACUGAAUUUUUCAACCAUAAUAGCUUAUUUAAAUAUAUUUAUCUUACUGACCUCGUUGAUACUCACAGUGUCCAUGUUAAAGCAGUUUUGUCAUGAAUUUAAAAAAUACAAAAUUUCUCUUGAUUAAAAUUAUCAGAGGUGUAUAUAAAAUGGGGAAUUGUGAUGUUGAAGAUAAAGUCACUAGGGCCCACCUAAUUGUCCUGUUUUAACUAUACAGACUUUGUGGCAGGUUAACUAUCUUACAUUUGAAGAGUUACACUUUUAACAUUGAAGAAAGCUAUUCUGCAUUUUAAUUCAGGUUUCAAAGGUAAAAACUUAAAAAAAAAAAAUAAUGGUUGGGGCUUUUGUUAUCUUUCUUUCCUUUGGAAGAUUUAAAAAUAUGCUCAGAUAUUAUGUUUAUUAUUCUGUGCUUCUUUGUCUUUGAAAGGUUGUGUGUUACAAAUUAGUUGCUUUUUUUCAAUUUACUGCUGGCUUGAUGUUGGAAACAUGAAAUGUUGUUGUUCCAUUUGCAAAGUUGGUAGAUUACAACUGUUUGUACAUGCAAGUAAAUGUACUUAAAAUGUACUUAAAAUGUACUUAAUGUUGAUAUUUCUUCAAAAGAGCAGUAUGUGGGUCAAGUCGCAUUUUUAUUGUGAACCGAUACAAAAUUUCAGACCGAGAGGUGCCUCGAUUUUGGAAAUCAGAUAUUUACAGUGAGCGCUUCAGGUGGGAAUGGAAUGGAGCAGAUAUGUUCCUAAGGAAUAGAGAUGUUUUUAUGUAGAUAUCCUUAAUAAGAGAAGUAACUUGUGAUAGUAACAGAACUGUUUCUAAAAUGAAUGUUUUUCCUGAGCCAUUAGCAGCUGUGUUAAGCUGCUGUUUAUUAAUUAGUUCAGUAUCCAGAAUUAACCCAGUUCUUUUCAUCUGCUUAUAAAACAGCUGGGAGAACAUUACAAUUAUUACGUGCAAUUUUGCCACCUGAAGAUUAUUAUAAAAGAGCGCUCUGUCAUUUGCUAAUUGCCCUAUAAAUGUACAAAGCACAAAGUCACGUAUCUUGACAACAAAUGUUGAACAAAAAAGCCAAACGAUUUAGUCACCUGGCAGAGUUGAGGGCCUAAUCCCGCUGCCCUUCCUCAAACUCCCACUGACGCCACUGGCUGACUCGGGAUUGCAGAAUUUGGACCCGACUCUAACUACCACAUGUGGAUUGGCUGUAACCAGUAAUGCCAUCAACUGCUGGUAGAUUCAUUAUGUUCAGUGGCACAGUUCCCUAAUGGAACAGAUUCAGAGCCUGACCCAGGGUUUCCUCUAGGUUCUAGGCAGGUAGACUUCCUACUGAAAGGAAACAGGAAUUUGAGUAAUGAUUUCAGGUUGGGGGUCAUAAAGGGACAAAGGUUUCCUUUCAGCCACUCAUCUUCAAAACGUUUUGUAUUUUGUUGUUGUUGAGACCUGUUGCUCAGUCCUUUUUGUUUCACUGUAAGCUUAAAUACUUGUGUUUAGUUUGAAUUUCCUCUUCGGUUCAGGCGAGUCUAAUGCCGUGUCAUUAUCCUUCUCCGUUGUAUAAUGUUUCUUUUCUUUUGAUGCCUGUUUGACAACGCCAACGUGCUCUUGCGUAAUAUUGGUAGUAACGGGCCGUGAGCCUUGAGUGUGUACUGCCUCGGUUAGGCGUGCUACUCUGUGCCUUCGUUGAAAACCCCAGCGAAGUCAGUGGAUUUUCUACAUGGCCAUAGCUGUCUGCCCGCUGCCUACUGAUUGCCAAAUCAGAUGCAUUAAAAACCCAACAGAUAUUUUCAAUUCAAAUCUUGCAAAAUAUAUCUUUCUUUGACUUUAUUUCCCUCUUACCUUCAAGCAUUUUGUAACUGGAAACCUGAGAAAUGUACAAAAUUUGCCUAGAUUCCCAUAACGUUGCUGAGGAUGUUAGCCAUUUUGAACUUUAUUUGUUUAAAUAAGCUGAAAGACAAAGAACACAAUUUUACACGUUUUCUUCCUCUUACGUAGCCUGGAAUCAUACACAUCCCUUUUUUUUUUUUUUUUUUAAGCACAAUGUUUAAACUUUUUUUUUUUUAAUAAUUAAGGGUUUGGUCAAGUGGAUUUUGUAAAAUGUAUUUGUCUGUAUAAAGAGAAAAUGAAAUUAUAGUUAUUGUUAAUGUACUGACAUUAGUUACAGGUUAGUUUUAAUUCUUAAAUAAUUUGAUUAGCAAAUGCUAUAAAAUGGAUGUUUCAGUUUAAUGUUUUAAAAAAGGUACAGAUUUUUACAAGGACAUAAUAUAAAUUAUUGUUCUGUAGAAAAUACCCUGUUAAAUAUUGUAUACGUCCUGCCCUCUGUACACUUUGUAAAAAAGACAAAAGAAAAAACAAAAUACAUAGAAUCAUAUAGGGAUGUGUGACAUUAUUGUAAUUGUGUACUUGAUAAUAACGUGAAAAAAUAAAAAUCAAAAUAUUUUCCUGUUAA